UGUGAUCGCAUUGGCUUGGCUUGGCUCGAUCAAUCGCCCUGACACAAACUCACGAAAGCCGUUGUCUAGAAGACUUGUCUAUCAAUCCAUCAAUCAAUCCGGUGGAGGCUCACCGACGUUGACAAGGAAGAGGAAGAAGAAGUAAUAGAAGACAAUCAUGAAGGUAUCAAAGACGACUAGUGUGAGGGAGGAGCACGGUUGUAACAUAUAUUCGAUUGCAUUUUCACAGGAUAUCUUGGUGGAAGAACUGAACAACCGAAACAAGUGUUACUAUCGAACCUUUUGCUCUUGUGCCGGUCCGUAUGUUACCGUAUACAAGAUACAAGUCUUUGACUUGAUCGAUGGGGAUGUCUUUACUGGUCCGUCGGGGCCCAUGCUGGUACAUCAAUCCUACGUCGAUGUUCAUCCCGAAGAAGAAUUCUGGGCGUGUGCGUUUGGAGGAAGAUCCUUUCUACCCACAAAACCCACCAAGCUGCCAGCCUUCAAGAAACAGCAAUCAAAUGCUAAAGAGGAAAAACCCAAAAAACGAAAAGAACAAGGAAGCAUGGUGGAAUGUGAAGAAGAAGCCGAUACAUCCAUGCAUGAAGAGUUCCUCAGUAGUAAUGACGAUGACGACGAACCACUGCGCAUAAAUCUGGAUCAACAACCCACUGGGCCUCACUCUUUGGCGGCGGGAAAAAAUAGAACCAUUCAAGUCAUUGAUACCACGCAACAAAAACUAUGGAUGUCGCUACAAGGACAUGGAGAUGAAAUCAACUGUCUCAAAUUUCAUCCAAUAGACAACAACAUUCUAGCCAGUGCAUCCAAUGACAAGAGUGUGCGCCUCUGGAAUUUGCGAAAUGGUACUAAAUUGCCAUUCUAGCAGGACAUGAAGGACACAAGGACAUUGUACUGGCUGCAGGUUGGCAUCCCACGGGAGAAAAGUUGUCACAGGGGGACACGAUAAUCUCGUCAAGAUUUGGAAUAUGGAAGAGGAACUGACAUUCACAAGGCCAUGCAAGACAGUUACAAGAUAGAACUCACACAAAACGAGACUGCAACCACCAAAAGCUCACGACAAAAAGCUGC